AUGUUCAACCCACAACCCAAUGAAAUACCCCAACCGCAACGGGUCCCACCCGAGAUCCCUUCCCUGCCAAAGGUUCAACCUUCUCCUAUUCCCAGUGAGCAACCCGUCAUUCCUACCCGUGACCCGGAAACCGACCCGCAUGUACCACCCGAAAUAGUCACUGAUCCGGCUCCUGGCCACCCGAAUCCCAAACCGGAUGCCCCAAAACCGCCGCUGACCCCACCCGGGAUUGAGAUUCCACUGCCAAAGCCGCCUGAAAAGAUGCCAAAGCAACCACCGGAAGUGGAUCCACCGCGGCCGCCGGAGAUUCCGCCGCCACCAAGUGCUCCGCCGGAUAUAACGCCACCCACUGGACCAAGAAUCUUUGGGUAG